UAAAAACGAAAACAAGAGAUAAAACCUAAAACAAACAAAACUCAAUUAUCUCUCUCACGGCGAUCUCGUCGACCUUCAUCUUCAUCAUACGUCUUUGAGCCUCCCUCUCUGCAUCUCCCUUCUUUGAAGCUCUGAUCUCUGCAGCUCUACUUGUUUUUUAGACUCUGUUCUCUCCUUUUAGCCUGAUAGCCAGAGUCUUCUUCUUUAGAGUUCAGACUUCAGACUACCGAUUCUUAAGAUUGAGUUCUAGACCUAGUCUUCUGCUUCUUCAGUUCUUCCUCUCUUAACUCUACACUAGUUUGCAGUGGACUCUCGCAUCUAUAUCGUUAAUUAAAUCCUUGCAUUUGUACUAUUAAUUAAAGCCUUUGUUAAUAAAUUCAAGCCCCACCAAGGUUGUAAUCCUGGAUCCGCCACUGCCUGUUCCUAAAGCGAGAGAAACCAAAACAGUUGCAUGAACAAACAAAGAUAAGAUAAAGAUAAAGAAAGAGAAAAAGAAAAAGACAAGAAAGCAAAUGGCAGAUACUAGCUAUGAACUAGAUAAACUAAUACCUUGCCUCAUCAAUUGCAAGAAGUACCAAAUUGAAGAAACAAAAAUGACAAAGAAAAACUGAUAACAAGCAAUUCUCAGACUCAAACUGAACCAAUGCACCAAAAAAAUUCAAAUAUAUAAUUGCAGCAGCAAAAUUCUACCAACAAAUCAAUAUACAAAUAUAUUAUGUAUAUUACAUAUAUGAUUGUGCUUGAGCAAAGCAUCAAGUUCAACAAUAAGGAGAGAAUAACACAUGCAUUCUAAAUUUCUAAUACACGUUUAAGAGAAAUACAAAAGACAUAAUCAAAAAGUCAUAUUUUUCAGAAUUUAUAAAGAGUAAAGCUGGAUCAGAAUUUAUAAAGAGUAAAAGUCAAACAAGUUGAGAACAAUACUAUAGGAAAGAAUUGAGUUAAAGAUGCCCUGGGAAUCGAGUUAGAAAAAGAAACGUGCCCUUCCAAGUAAGUAAACGUGCCCUUACAGGGUUCAAACUAGCAUUCAGAACAUUCUAAAAAAAAAAAAAAAAAAAAAACUAACAUUCAGAAAAAGAAAAUAAAGGAUUAAAGACUUUUUUGUAAUUGAAAAAAGAAAAAAAGAAAAAAAAAAGGGAUUAAACUCUUUAUAGAUUGAACCGAACCGUCUUCAUCAUGCUUCCCGCUCUACUCUGAAACCCUAGGGUUGAGUCUACCACAGUUUUCCCUCUUAGCGAUUUGAAUCGUUAGGAAUUCGUUUCUCUGAGCGCGUCUGUUGGUUUUGCCCAUGGCAAUUGCACUUGGAGUCCGCUCUUGUUGAAUGCGCUGGGUUUCCACCGAUUUGCAGGGCUUCCCCUCAUCUCUCACUCCCGUCUGUUGGUUUCCUCGAUCUUGAUUCUCCUUCCCUCUUUGCUUGUUCAGCCAACCCUGAUUUCUAAAUUUGGACAUUGAUGGGAACUCCAAAGAGGAAGAAGAAGCAGACCCCAGAGACCCAAUUCCACUCUUCCCUCACUUUCUGCUCAAAGAACAAGGACUUAAAUAGCGCAAUCUCGCUGUAUGAAUCCGCUGUUUCGCAGAAUACGCGGCUCAACCAGCACCAUUUUAACACCCUACUCUACCUCUGCUCUAACUCUGUCACUGACCCGUCCCUGAAGCAAUUGGCCUUGGAAUAUGGCUUCCGCGUGUUUGAUCACAUGUCGUCGAUCGAAGUCCUCCCCAACGAGGCCACGAUCACCGCUGUUGCUCGGCUCGCUGCGGCGAAAGGUGAUGGUGAUUAUGCUUUUGAGCUGGUGAAGGGUAUGGAGAAGUAUAAUGUAUUGCCGAGGUUGCGCACUUGCGAUCCGGCAUUGUUUGGCUUUUGCGAGAAACUGGAGGCUGAUAAGGCGUAUGAGGUGGAAGAGUAUAUGAAUAAGGUGGGAGUGAGUGUAGAAGAGCCUGAGAUUGCAGCCUUAUUAAAGGUGAGUGCAGAGACAGGAAGAGGGGAGAGGGUUUAUGAUUACUUGCACAAGUUGAGGAAUGCUGUGAGGUGUGUUCAUGAAUCGACGGCCAAGAUCAUUGAGGAUUGGUAUCGUGAUGGAAGGGCUAGUGAAGUGGGUGAGGUGAAUUGGGACUCGGGUAGGGUCAAAGAGGCGGUUUUGAGGAAUGGAGGAGGGUGGCAUGGGCAGGGGUGGGUUGGGAAGGGGGAUUGGUCUGUGCAGAGGGCCAAUGUGGAUUCUGACAGCAGGUGUUGCUCCUGUGGUGAGCAUUUGGUUUGUGUUGACAUUGACUGUGCAGAGACAGAUAGGUUUGCGCAGUCUGUUGCUGCUUUGGCAAUGGAAAGGGAGGUUAAGUUGAAUUUCAGUGAGUUUCAGGAUUGGCUGGACAAACAUGCUGAUUAUGAAGCUAUUGUGGAUGGAGCUAAUAUUGGGCUCUACCAGCAGAAUUUUGCAGAAGGUGGAUUCAGUCUUCCUCAGCUUGAUGCUGUUGUGAAAGAAUUGUACAAUAGAAGUGGAGAGAAAUGGCCACUUGUUGUCUUGCAUAAUAGACGUUUUCGGUCACUUGUGGAAAACCCUUCCCACAGAAAAGUGGUUGAGGAGUGGAUGGAUAAAGGUAUUCUUUAUACCACACCAAGUGGCUCAAAUGAUGACUGGUAUUGGCUUUAUGCUGCUGUGAAACUCAAGUGCUUGCUCGUUACAAAUGAUGAAAUGCGAGAUCAUAUAUUUGAACUUCUAGGAAGCAGCUUCUUUCUUAAGUGGAAAGAGAGGCAUCAAGUACGAUAUACUUUUGUUAAAGGCAAUCUGAAACUUCAGACCCCACCCCCAUAUUCUUCAGUGAUCCAGGAAUCAGAAAGCGGAUCAUGGCAUGUACCUGUAGCAGAUGACAGCGAUGAGGAGCCAGCGAGAACCUGGCUCUGCAUUACCCGGCCAAGUGCCUCUAAAGCUUCUACUGGAGCUUUGCUAUCUCAAAAUGCGUUUCUGAACUCUUGCACAUCUGAGUUUGUUACCAGUCACAAUGAUAAAACCACAACUAAGACGGGUAAAAGAAAGGAGAGGUCCCCAUCUCCUUCCCACCUUAUGACUUAACUCUUCCACCUGCUUAGUACCAUUUGGAGGUGCACUCUUUAUAAUUCUAGUUAUGGGGCUCAUAUCUCGUGGAGAUGGUUGUGGCUAAUAGGAGGCUGGUCAGGAGCAGCGGGAUCGCCUAUUAUAACAACGGCCUCAUCUGUCUGCAACACACCCCAACUUUCGCUGUAUGUCUGUUGUGUUGUAACAUACUGCAACUUUUGUAGUACAGGUCAUUCUUUAUAGUCAGCUUAACAAAAUAAAAAGAAAAGAAAAAUUGAAGCUUUACGUGUUGAACUUUUAAGACGUGAAGCUUCUUUGAUUAACAGGUUGUGUUGGUUUGGGUGAGAAAUUGCAAUAAGGCCAUUCAUAUUUAUCAUAGUUAUUUGUCAUGUGAGCAGGAUAAUAUUUCGUUGCGUGCAAUUUUGUUGAAUAGAGAUUAGUAAUUUCUCAAA